AUGGUUCGAAGUUGUUCUCGCGUAGCCGUUAUCGGAGCUGGGCCGGCUGCCGCCAUUACCACAGAUGCCUUGAUCAAGGAACAGGCCUUUGACACGAUCCGGGUGUUUGAACGCAAAGGCACCAUCGGUGGGACAUGGGUCUACGCCGCAGAUGACGCGCCGAAGAUUCCAUGUCUUCGCGCGCUGCUGGACAACCGCGCCGACCAACCGGUGGCUAUUCCGUCGUCGUUUCCCUGUGAAACCGAGAUUACCGAGGCGGUCAAUUCGGCUGAAUCGCGUUACUCGGGCACGGCGGUCCACGAAUACCUCCACAGCAACCUCCCACCCCAAACCAUGUGCUUCACGCAAGAACCGAUUCCGGAGAUUCUGUCGGAACGCACGCUCGCGCAGUACGGCAGUAACGCCCCAUUCCGCCACCGCGAGGUCAUCCGCGACUGGGUGGAGGAUAUUUUCAUCCGAGGCGGCGGGUUGGACCUCGUCGAAUUCCAUACCACGGUGGAACGAGCGGAGAAACGGGGAGACAAGUGGGUGUUGACUCUGAGAAAGGCGGCUCCGGGGGCCACCAAGAAUAUCUGGUGGCAGGAAGUCUUCGACGCUGUGGUCGUGGCCACCGGUCACUUCUCCAUUCCCUACAUACCCGCGAUUCCUGGCUUGGUCGAGUAUGACGAGAAAUUUCCCGGGCGGAUCAAGCACAGCAAGCAUUUCCGGUCGGUAGACGAGUUUUCCGGCAAGAAAGUCAUCAUUGUCGGUGGAUCCGUGUCCGCCUUUGACGCUCUACAUGAAAUUCGCCUGGUGGCGCAACAGCCGGUGAUCUGUUCUCUGAAAGAACCGCUCCCAGCCUUCGGAUGGAGUGCUUUCACACAUCCACACGUCGUCAACAAGCCGCCCAUUUCCCAAUUCCACCCGGAUGGCCGAAUCGACUUUUCGGACGGCUCCUCGGAGGAUGAGGUCGACGUUAUCCUCUUCGCCACAGGCUACGACUUUAGUUUCCCCUUCCUGCCCGGUUUUGACAUCCGAAUCAAGAACCGCCGGAUUCGGGGCCUGUACCAGCACGUGUUUGACAUAGAAGAUCCCUCUUUAUCAUUCAUCGGCAUGGUCGCGGGCGGGUUGACCUUCCGUGUGUUUGAAUGGCAGGCCGUCGCGGUGGCUCGACAUUUGGCAUCGCGGGCGAGACUACCGGCGAAACAACAGAUGCAAAUGUGGGAGCAGGACAAGAUCGCCGCUUUGGGCGAUGGAAUGUCUUUCUAUGAUCUCUCGGGCGACUUCGAGGGAUACUUUGAAGGAUUGCGACUGUUUGCAGGGGAACCGGCACAGGGGACAGGCAGGGUUCUGCCCAAAUAUGACCCAGAGUGGAAGGAGAUGUUUUCGAAAGUGGUGGUCAAGGCGAGAGUACAGUGGUGGGAUCGAGAGAGGCGCAAGGCUGAGGAGGAAAUCCGACAGGCCGGGGGUUGCCAGGAGCCCGUGGACGGCCCUGUUCCUCUUUGCGAGGAUGUGGAGCGGCCGAGAGUGAGAUUGUGA